GCAAGCAUCGCAUACCUCACCUGAAUGCAAAAAAUGGAUCAGUGGAAGCCGCAAGACUUAUCCAAAACUGCAUCUGCUGCAGCAGAUUCUGCCCCUCAACCCGUCACUGUCACCUCUAACCGCUUCCACAACAACUCCAACCAACAAAUUGUGAGGGAGAGGGUUCAUGAGGAUCCUAGUGCUGCAAGAAAAGUUCAGAAAGCAGACCGCGAGAAAUUGAGGAGGGGUCGACUAAAUGAUCAGUUCCAUGAACUGGGAAACACGUUAGAUCCUGAUAGACCAAGGAAUGACAAGGCAACUAUCCUUAAUGAGACAAUCCAAAUGAUUAAGGACUUAAGUGCCCAAGUUAAUAGACUGAAAAUGGAGCAUAAAGCACUUUCUGAAGAGUCACGUGAACUAAUGCAAGAAAAGAAUGAACUCAGAGAAGAGAAGGCCUCCUUGAAAUCUGAUAUAGAAAAUCUGAAUACCCAGUAUCAGCAGAGAGUUAGAACCAUGUUCCCAUGGACUUCAAUUGACCAUUCUGUUGUUAUGAGUUCACCUUAUUCAUAUCCAGUUCCUAUACCCAUCCCUUCAGCUCCAAUUUCCAUUCACCCAUCUCUUCAACCUUUUCCUAUCUUUGGAAAUCAAUAUGUCCCAUUCUCAGCUCCAGCUAACCCCCCAGUUGAGUAUGCUUCCACGUCGUCCCACGUGUCUACCCAAAUUGAAUCCGGAAGCAAGUCACCCGGUCAUAGAAGGCCUGGUGAUGCCAAAAGAUGUAGUGAGUCUCACGAAGUGGCUACAGAGCUUGAACUUAAGAUGCCCGGAUCAUCAGCAGAUCAGAGUUGCACUUCUGGAGGAAGGAAGGGCAAGCAUUCAGUAAUGGAGGAUAGAGUUGUUAUCGAUGAGAGUGCUUCAAGCCGGUAUUCUCCAUCUCAAGGACUUCAAGAUAGCUCCAGCAGCGUGGGUGAUAUUCCAAAGCCUGAUAAUUAAUAAUUUGGAUUCUUGUACUAUUUGACCACAUCAUACAGGCCACAUAUAUUUCUACAAACACUCUCACAUAGCUGUUUCCAAUUGAUAGUUGUUCUUGGGUCUGAGUAUGAUUUGGCAAUAGGUUCUAUUAUUUCUAAAACAAAAUGAUCUAUGGAACAGUUCUUCCCCUGAAAAUUUACAGUGGAGCUGGGAUCUUGCCAAGUGUCGUUUCUAUGCUACCUUUGGCAGCUGAUAGGUGGUGCUUAGUCCAGAUGUAUGUAUUCUAGGCUUAACUACAAAGUUGUCAUAACCCCUUUAUGUACACACAAUAACCUAUCUUUGAGCCAUUUGAGUGCUUAAGAACCUUCCAAACCAUGUAAUAUAGAUCAGCAUAUGCAUACUGUACAUU